GCAGAAGUUUAGCAGAGUAUCAUCAGGAUGGGGUAUUCCGGGCUAACGUUCUCGCUAGUUGCCUUCACUGUGCUCCAUGUAACACAAGCAUUUAUAUUUGAUGGUGACCUAUUUGGUGGAAUGGGCGCUGCCAUGGCUGCAAUGGGCGGCAUGGGACACGGAACGGGAGCAAUGGGUGGAAUGGAAGGCGCAGGACUCGGAAGCGCCAUAGGUGGAAUGGGUGGUCUUUUCGGAGGCGGCAUGGGAGGAGCUGGAGGCGCCAUGGGUGAAAUGGAAGGUUUCCUUGGAGGUGGAAUGGAUGGCAUGAUGAGAGGCGCCAUGGGCGGAUCAAGAAGCACUAUGGGUGGAAUGGAUGGGAUGUUCGAAGGAUUAAUGGGAGGCGGAAUGGGUGGUUUAUUUGGAGGUGGAAUGGGAAGUGGUAUGGAGAUCGGAAUUGGAGGAGGAGGUAUAGGUGCAGGCAUGCAAGGGAUGUUUGGCCAAUUAGUUCCGGGACAGAAGACGCCUGUCACCAAAAAGUGCGUGUCCCCUUUUUGGCUUAAGUACUGCAAAUGUCACUUCAUGUGUCCGAAAGGACACGUGAGCUACGGAAAUUGCGAGGAUUUUAAAGAAAAUGCCUUUUUACCUACCAUGUGCUGUCCGGAAACGGUGCACUACGCAUGUGUUGGAUUUGAAACAUAGGAUGUGCUCAUUGAGUUGAUUUACUUUUCAUGGAAGCCAGUUUAAUCCAUUUGCCAAACAGUUUGAUUACUAGCUGUAAUGUUUUAUGCAAGCAACGCUACAGGAAUUGCUAUGUCAUAUGUAUGUUAAGGGUGCUUCUUUUCAAAAUACUUUGAAUGUAUAUUGAUCUAUUGAAUUAACGUACUUUGAACUGGUAAUUAAAGCAGACAAAAACAAUGGACCAGUUAAAGUUUUCAAAUAUUGCAAUCUGUCAUGUCAGACGUAGCUAAGUAGUCAGGGUUUACAUUUUUAAUAGAUAGAAAAUAUAAUAACAAUUUGGUUCAGAUGUCCGUGUUACGAUACUACGACAUCAUUUCCUAAUUUGCUCAUAAUACUGA